AUGGCUAUGGGUGAGCCAGGUCAUCGAGGACCAGAUGGGCUGCCAGGAAAACCUGGACCUGAUGGAGAAUCUGGACCUGCAGGUGCUACAGGAGAACCAGGAUUUCCAGGAUCAACGGGUGCAAGAGGAUUCCCUGGACUUCCAGGUCAUCCAGGACUGAAAGGUCACAAGGGACAUGCUGGUCUUAUCGGGUCUAGAGGCGAGUCUGGAGCCGCUGGAACCAAGGGUACAUCUGGUACUCCGGGUGCAAUGGGUGCUCCAGGCCCACAGGGACCAGCGGGUUUGCAGGGAGAAAGAGGCAGAGCCGGACCAAGUGGUCCUGUGGGAAAACGCGGGGCAUCCGGUCAUGUUGGCAAACCAGGUCCUCUGGGCCCAAUGGGAAUCACUGGAGUGCCAGGUUUUCCUGGUAACCCAGGAAUGAAGGGUGAAGCAGGACCGACCGGAGUGAGAGGAAGUCCAGGACAGCAGGGACCCAGAGGGGAUGGCGGUCACGUAGGACCACCUGGACCGACAGGACAGCAGGGUGCUUCAGGGACUGAUGGAGCUCCAGGCGCUCGUGGCCAAUCAGGUCUAGCAGGUGUCCAGGGUCCAGCAGGGCUUUUGGGCCCCCCUGGUCCCCCCGGCCCUCAGGGAACUACAGGAUCACCAGGACCAAAGGGCCAACUGGGAGAUGUUGGAGUGCCUGGAUUCAAAGGAGAAGCUGGAUUCAAGGGGGAAAGGGGUGACCAUGGCCCUCCGGGUCCAUUGGGCCCAAUGGGAGAGGACGGGAAGCGUGGACCCAGAGGUGAUGCUGGAUCGUUAGGUCCUCAAGGACCUCCAGGAGAGACAGGAGCUCCCGGAAAUAGAGGUUUCCCCGGUGCAGAUGGUUUGCCAGGCCAAAAGGGAGCCCAGGGUGAAAGAGGACUGCCAGGGUCAACCGGCACCAAAGGUUUACCUGGAGAUCCAGGACGUAAUGGAGAGCCAGGUUUAACUGGAGCUCGGGGUCUGACAGGACUUAUUGGGGCCCAGGGAGCAGAGGGAAAGCAAGGACCAAUGGGCUCAGCAGGAGAGGAUGGCAAACCAGGUCCAGCUGGUUCUACUGGAAACCGAGGUUUAGCUGGACCAAUGGGCCUGCCAGGACCGAAAGGCUUCGCUGGUGAUGCUGGGAAGAUAGGAGAGGCUGGCACACCCGGGCCUCCAGGUCAAAGGGGGGCGAAUGGAAAAGACGGAGAGGAGGGUACUGCUGGUCCAGCUGGCCCAGCUGGUCCUGCAGGAAAGAGAGGAGAGCAGGGACCACAGGGGCUGCAUGGUUUCCAGGGUUUGCCCGGAAUGCCUGGCCCACCUGGAGAGUCAGGGAAACCAGGUGAUGAGGGUCUUGCUGGAGAGGGUGGGGCUGCCGGAGCGACAGGUCCAAGGGGAGAAAGAGGCCCUCCAGGAGAGAGAGGUGAAAUUGGGCCCAAUGGGCUGCAGGGACCCAAAGGUAGUCCAGGUGGACCGGGAACAGAUGGGCCAAAGGGUAACCCUGGUCCAGCAGGUGCUGUUGGAGAGCCAGGAGGGACAGGACUUCAGGGGAUGCCAGGUGAGAGAGGCAUACCAGGACCUUCAGGCCCAAAAGGAGACGCAGGCUCUGUUGGAGAUAAAGGACCCGAGGGUAAAGCAGGAGCUGACGGUGCACGGGGGCUUCCUGGUCCUGUUGGACCUGUUGGUUCCAGUGGACCCAAUGGAGAAAAGGGUGAAACCGGCCCGCCAGGACCUGCAGGGCGCCGAGGCUCAAGAGGAAUUGCUGGAUCUACUGGUGAGCCUGGUCCAACUGGAGCUGUUGGCUUCCCUGGAACUCCUGGUCCUGAGGGUCAACCUGGGAUCAAAGGUGAAACAGGUGAGCCAGGUCAGAAGGGAGAAGGAGGAGCACCUGGACCACAGGGGAUGGCUGGGCAAUCAGGAGCACAGGGACCCGUUGGUGUGACUGGAUUGAAAGGGGGCAGAGGUACGCAGGGUCAAGCAGGCUCUCCUGGUUUUCCUGGGUUGCCUGGAGGAGUUGGACCACAUGGCUCCCUUGGUGCUGUUGGGGCAGACGGGCCUAUAGGUGCUCCAGGAAAGCAGGGGCCCCCUGGGAUUCGAGGAGAGAAUGGAGCUCAAGGACAUCAAGGAGAGACUGGACAUCCAGGCCCAGCGGGCAGCCCUGGAGAGAAGGGAGACUCUGGAGAGGAUGGUCCGGUGGGGCCUGAUGGGCCUUCAGGACCUGCUGGCACCGCAGGACAGAGAGGAGUUGUGGGUCAGCCUGGACUCAGAGGAGAGAGAGGCAUGCUGGGACUGCCAGGUCCUGCUGGUCCACCAGGAAAAGCCGGAGCUCCAGGAGUCCAGGGGAGCACAGGGCCCGCUGGUGGAGUUGGUUUACCAGGAGCCACCGGGCCAAGAGGAGACGCCGGCCCUGAGGGUAUCGCUGGAGCAGAGGGGCCCCCCGGUAAGGACGGCCUUGUAGGGGAAAGGGGAGACAGGGGUAAUCCUGGUCAAGAGGGCCUUGCUGGUGUUAAUGGCUCUCCAGGAACUGAGGGUCCUGUGGGACUGACGGGUGCUCCGGGAGAAAGAGGCGAAAACGGUGCCAAAGGCCCCCCUGGACCCCAUGGACCAGCUGGAGUACGGGGGAAAGUGGGACCUCAAGGACCACAGGGAGAGAAAGGUGCCGCUGGAGAACAAGGGGAGAGGGGUCAGAAAGGACACAGAGGUUUCACUGGACUCCACGGUUUGCCAGGAACAACUGGUGCCACAGGGGAGCCAGGAGCUACAGGUAUUGUGGGACCAGCUGGGCCGAGGGGUCCUCCAGGAGUGGUGGGUCCUCCUGGAAAGGAAGGAAACAUCGGCCAGCCUGGACCAAUGGGUGCUCCUGGAAGUAGAGGUUCCGGUGGGGACCUCGGAGAACAGGGUCCACAAGGUGAACCUGGACCACCCGGCCCUCCAGGCCCCCCAGGGCCUCCCACCGCAGCUGUGGAAGACCUCUUUGCUCCCCCUUACGAUUAUGAUGGGAACGGCGGUGUGCCAGAAGCUGAGGAAUUCGUCGAGGACUAUGUGGCCGCUGAUCCUCCUCCACCUCCAGAGUUUAACAAAGAUGAAGCCCUUCCCAAUAAGAACGAGGCUGCCCUGCGUGCAGAAACUGGUGUCCAUGCCACACUGAAGACCCUCAGCGGACAUUUGCAAAACCUUCGCAGUCCUGAUGGCAGCAAGAUGAACCCAGCUAAGACCUGCCAGGACAUCAAGCAGUGCUACCCUCACAAAAAGAGUGGUGAGUACUGGAUUGAUCCAAAUCAAGGAAGCACAAAAGAUGCCAUCAAAGUCUUCUGUAAUAUGGAAAGUGGUGAAACCUGCAUCUCUGCCAAUCCGGCCAACAUUCCCAGCAAAGCCUGGUGGACAAAAUCCAGUCCCAGUGCCAACAAACCCAUCUGGUUUGGAGCAGACAUGAACAGUGGAACUAGAUUCCACUACGGAAAUAAGGAGGAGCAGCCGAACGCCGUGGUGGUCCAGUUGAAGCUGCUGCAGCUUUUGUCCAAAGAGUCACACCAGAACAUCACCUACCAUUGCAGGAACAGUGUGGCUUAUAAAGAUGAGAAGAACAGCAACCUGAAGAAAGCUCUGGUCCUCAAAGGCUACAAUGGCCAGGAGCUGAGGGCGCAAGGCAACAACCGCCUCCGAUACACAGUCAUUGAGGACGGCUGCUCGAAAACCAACGGAGAGUGGGGCAAGACAGUGAUUGAGUACAGGACUCAAACUUCGGUCAGGCUGCCCGUUCUGGACUUGGGGCCAGUGGACAUUGGAAAGGCUGAUCAGGAGUUCGGCUUUGACAUCGGCCCUGUGUGCUUCUUAUAAAACACAAAUCUCCAACGCAAGAUGGACAGAAUUUGCCUUUUUUAGAGGAGUAACAUCAUCACCAGAAAUUAUAGUAUAUGGACUCCUCUUUCUGUGAGCGUACAAGUCAAUGAAGGUUAGAUGUCUCAUUGCUGCCAUUCACACACCCAUAAGCUGUUGAAGUACAGUGUACUUGCUGUGUCUGCCAGCAUACGAGAGCCAUGUGACUAGGAUGCUGACAUAAUUUAUUCUCCAAUAAAUAAAUGUACAAUCUAGAGCACAAGUACUCUACAGGGAAAUGCAUGUGGGUGGAAAAAAAACAUAAAAAUAGAAAGCAAAGUUUUAGGAGAAUUGUAAACUUGCAUAAACUGGAAAAACAGCCAGUAAUGUUAUUUCUUAAAGGGAUGUAGUGUCUUUUUGGGUGGGAUUUAGAGCAGAUUGCACAAUAACUGAAGGUUUAAAGUGAAUAAAAGCAUUCAGACCUUUUCAUUUGGCUAUUUCCCAGUAUAUGCAAGUCAUAAGGCCUGGAUAGGGCAAGCGUUGAUAUAGCAAUGACUGUAGUUCUUAAUUUUAAUGGAAUAAAAAAUUUAAAUCAUGCUUGAACCUAAAUUAUUACAUUCUGUGCAGGAACUCAUUUACUCACCACAGAAAACUUUUGUAUCUCCUCUUCAAACUUCACCUGUAAAUGCAACAUAUGACUGUAAAUUGCAAAUUAUUUGUUUGUUGUUGACUAUGGAUGUGGAAUAAAUGUCU